GAAAACAGCUUUGGCAGCAAAAGCCAAAGCUCUUCCGAGUAUGGCAAGCAAAAGCGGUACUGGGGGUGGCAGUGAACCUCCUCCGACCAAGCAAGCAGCAGCAUCUUCUGGCUCGACAACGGGUUAAGGUUGAAUCUGUAAUAUCAUAACUCAUCUUUAUUACCGGGACUCCCCUUUCUUACGUGUACCUCUACCUAUACAAGCGAAUUAUCUGAGAGAGAGGUGAAUGGUUCUGGUAUUUUUGGUAUAGCCUGAAUUUGAUCCUAAGGGAAAACAAGAAGAGAACCCUUAGGAUCAAAUUCAGGUUAUACCAAAAAUACCAGAACCAUACAAGAGGGAUGCCCAUGGCAGGGAUGAACUAAGGGUUGUAGCGCUAACCGGGAUCGUGUAACAAGCAAGCACUUUCGCUUGCCAGCUUCCUGUAUCACCAAGUCGAAACACGGAGACGAGAUGGCGAGAGCACCGAUUUGUUCCCUAUGUUUGCGCCAAAGUGUGCUCACAUAGGUGAGCUCGCUUCCCGUCUGGUGCAGGCAAGUCGCAGUCGCGUUGGUGCAGCGCUCGUCCAGUGCAGCAAAGCCACGUAUCCGACA